AUGACGAGCGGGCCGCGAGCACUCCUGGUGUCGGUGUUCCUCCUGGCGGCGGCGGCGUCGGCGCGGCCGGACGUCGACGGCAACCGUCUGGACGCCGGCGUCCCCGACGAGCCGAGGGCGGCGGCGUCCCGGGACGAGGCGAGGGCUGCACCCCAGGACGAGGGGUGGUCACUGCUCGGCGACCUGCGCGGCGCGCUGCGGCUGUACUCGGAGUGCGGCGGCGGCGGUGAGGCGGCCGCGUGCCUCAAGGUGAAGCUGGUGGCGGCGAUGGACCGCGCCGCGCGCCGCCUCUCCGGGGACGUGGAGCUCGCCGAGGGGGUGACCCUGACGGGGGAGGCCGACGGGGACCCGGCGCCGCCGCCGCCGAGCGAGAGGCAGCUGGAGGCGGCACUGCCCCGGGCGCUCGCCGACAAGGAGGCGGCGCUGGACGGCAUGAUCCUCGACCGCGUCGUGGGCUUCUUCAGCUCGCACUCGCUGCAGCUGGGGGCGGCGACGCUCGGGGGCUUCUCCGAGGAGGGCCGCAAGGGAGGCGGCAUCGGCGGCGGAGGCGGCGGAGGCGGCGGCGGCAAGAAGGGCGGCUACGGCCUCCUGCUGCUGCCCCUGAUGGCCUUCGGCUCUCUGGUUCCCCUGGCGUUCGCGGGCCUCUUCCUGCUGGCGGGCAAGGCGCUGCUGGUCAGCAAGAUCGCGCUCCUGCUGUCCGCCAUCCUGGGCCUCAAGAAGCUGUUCAGCCAGGGCGGCGGGGGAGGCGGCCACGAGUCCACGGUGGUCGUCAGCGGACACGAGCACCACGGCCGCGGCUUCGGCGUCGACGGCGAAGACCCGCAGCGGCUGGCGUACCGCGGGCAUCUCCUGCGGGCGUCUGGCGCCGUCGCGGACUGA